AUGCCGACAACAACCCGCUCCCAACAUUCACAGCGUGAAAGGAUGCAGUCCGAAACGGUUGAAGCAAGGUUUAACCAACAAAACGAAGUAAUACAGAAGCUCAUGGUAGAUAUGGUGACCCUCCGGCGGGAGAAUACAGUGUUACGAAGAAAUUUUGAAGAAACAGAAGCGGACCAACAAAGCCAUCAUUCAAGAGACCACCCUCAACCUAACCCAGUCACUGUGGAAGAAGAGCGACAUAAGAUAAACUUGCAGAUCCAGAUGGAAGUAGCAAAACAGAUGGGUCAGCCUACCACGGUGGAUCAGCUGCUCACUUAUGUGGGACUACCGUAUAGUACCGGGAUUCUAGCAGUACCAAUACCUCCGAGAUUUAAAGUCCCUCAGAUGGAAGCCUAUGAUGGGAAUAAAGACUCAUUGGAGCAUCUGGAAACUUUCAAAGCCCACAUGACUCUUCACGGUUAUCCCAGUGAAGUAGCAUGUAGAGCAUUUCCUCUCACCCUGAGGGGGGCGGCACGAGUGUGGUUUGUCUUUUUACAGCUUGGAACGGUGGACAACUUCGACAAACUAGCACGACGGUUCUUAACGCAGUUUAUGGCUAGCCAAACGAGGAGAAAGCCGGCUGCCUACCUGCUAACUAUCAAACAGAAAGGUGACGCGAGUCUUAAGUCAUACAUCUUCCGUUUUAACAAAGAACGGAUGACAACCGACGACCAAGACGAAAAUAUCACGUUAGCAGCAUUAUUGGGAGGAGUCUGGCCCCGCAGUUCAUUUAUGGCGGAGAUCGCCAAGAAGACACCGUCGACUUUGAGGGAGUUUAUGGGGAGGACACACUCCAGGCACUGA